CAGUCUGGGACCGGCACCCGGGGUGUGUGAGGCACUUGAGGGCAGCAAGAUGGAAUCAGAAAGAGAAACCAUAGACUUUCAGCCCGGAAGUCCCACCUCCAGGAGGAACCAGCCCAUCAAUCUGAACCACUAUGCCACCAAGAAGAGCGUGGCAGAGAGCAUGCUGGACGUGGCUCUCUUCAUGUCCAACGCCACAAGGCUGAAAGCAGUGCUGGAGCAAGGCCCAUCCUCUCACUACUACACCGCCCUCGUCACGCUCAUCAGCAUCUCCCUGCUCCUGCAGGUGGUCAUUGGAAUCCUCCUGGUGGCCAUUGCACGGCUGAACCUUAACGAGGUUGAAAAGCAGUGGCAACUAAACCAGCUCAACAAUGCUGCCACCACCUUGGUCUUCAUCACCGUGGUCCUCAACGUCUUCAUCACGGCCUUCGGGGCACAUAAGACAGGUUUCCUCGCUGCCAGGACCUCGAGGAAUCCUCUCUGAAUGCAACCUGGGACCCAGGUACUGGGUGUGGAACUGCUUCUGCCUCUUUCCUCCCUGACCUGCCAGGCUGAUGGGCACUUUCCACGGCUCCCCGGGAGAUUUCCUAAGAGGGCAGCGUAGAUGCCCAUGCUCCCUACCCACAGCACCUCAGUGAAUAUGAUGGCUCCCUUGGCUCAGUGAGUUCCAUCUUGGUCUGGAGUUUGGGGGUACUGCCAACCUUUCCUCUUGGGAGCAUUAGCACCUGAGGCAUGUCCACCCAAGGCCCAGUAUGGCCCCCAGAAGGCUGUGACUCCCUCCCCAUCCACACCCUGUGCUCCAGACCAGUAUCCCCUUUCUGUAAGAUGGAAUGAUUUCUGUCUAUAAAGGUUUCUGCAA